AGGAUGGCAGUUCCACUCAUCCCUAUGAAUACUGUCAUUGGUUGCUUCUACUGUGUAUGGGUGUGAAGCGAGACGUCUGUACCAUUUCGAUAACAUAGGCUACUAAAUUCACUAAUUGUGCAGAUAGCUUUGUAAUAUCCGUUACGUUGGUCAGUGGUAGGCUACAAGGGCGAUACGCGGCGUUUAUCUGAAGUGAUCCACGCCUCAUUAUAGGCUACCACUUACAAGACCAUGUCCCCUCCAGCAUCGGCUGCGACUGCCAGUGAGAGCAGUACCACCACUGUUUUCGAGGAUGAGACGGACACCCCCAGAGAGGAGCAGAGGCCUCUGAAGCAGUCGCUGACCAAGUCACUGUGCCGGGAGGUGUUCUGGAAAUGCCUACUGCUCUCCAUGCUCAUGUACGGCUGCAUGGGGGCGUUGGUGUGGUGCCACGUCACCAAGGUGACCCGCCUCACCUUCGACAGUGCCUUCAAAGGGAAGUCCAUGAUGUACCACGACAGCCCCUGCUCGGACGGGUACAUCUACAUCCCACUGGCCUUCUUGACUAUGCUCUACGUGGUCUACCUGGUGGAGUGCUGGCACUGCCACGCCCGGAAUGAAAUGCAAUACAAGGUGGACGUGGAGGGCGUGUACGAGCGGAUUCAGCGCAUGCAGCAGGCCAAGCCUUGCAUCUGGUGGAAAGCCAUCAGCUAUCACUAUGUACGUCGGACGCGGCAGGUAACACGUUACCGCAACGGGGACGCCUACACCACCACACAGGUGUACCACGAGCGGGUCAACACGCACGUGGCUGAGGCAGAGUUUGACUACGGUCACUGCGGCGUGAAGGACAUCUCCAAGCAACUGGCCGGCUUGGAGAAGGCCGCCCUGACCAAGCUGCGCUUCACCAAAUGCUUCAGCUUUGCCAAUGUGGAGUCGGAGAACUCCUACCUGACCCAGCGGGCGCGCUUCUUCACUGACAACGAAGGGCUGGACGACUACAUGGAGGCCCGCGAGGGGAUGCAUCUGAAGAACGUGGACUUCAGAGAGUUUGUCAUCUCGUUCUCGGAUCCGGACCACCAUCCCUGGUACGUCUCCAACUACAUCUUCUGGGCGACAGCUUUUCUGACUCUGUCCUGGCCGCUACGCGUUCUGACGGAGUACCGCACCGCCUAUGCGCACUAUCGGGUGGAGAAGUUGUUCGGCGCCGACUACCUGCCUGUCACGCCGUGCGAGGACCGGCCGUACUGCCGCCGCAUACCGCGGGUCAACACCAUCGACAGCACCGAACUGGAGUGGCACAUCCGCUCCAACCAGCAGCUUGUGCCCAGCUACUCAGAGGCCGGGCUAAUGGACCUGGCGCAGCGUUCGGGCGGCUUCGGUCGUCAGAACUGCGAGCGAUGCCACCGCACCAUCAGCAGUUCCUCUGUGUUCUCGCGGAGCGCGCUCAGCAUCUGCAACGGUGGCAGCCCGCGGCUUCCGUUCAGCGGUAGCCGCUUCUCUCUGGGCCGCCUGUACGGCUCACGACGCAGCUGCCUGUGGCGCAGCGGCAGCCUGGACGAGCCCGAGAGCCCCAGCGAGAACACGCACUGCCUGGCGGGCCCGCGCCUGCCACCCAACGAGGAGGACCCUCCGCCCUACCAGGACGCGCUCUACUUCCCCGUGCUGAUCGUGCACUGCAACGAGAGCUGCCCCAACCACCGCUCCUUCCACCGCAAUGGUUCCUGUGUCGAGACGUCACUCUGAAAAGGAUCGGAGAAACCAGCCAGUCGCAACCAGGGAAGGGGGAGGUGGAGCAGAAUUUACACAUAUACAAAAUACACACUUCACCUCAGCGUCAUGGAGUUUUCAUCUCAAUCUCCUGUCACUCAGGAACCAAAUAGCUCUGCGUUGGAUGCUAUGCAGUGGUUUCCCCAAGGCCACAGUGCGUGGGGACUGGAUACACUGCUAAAAGAAGCCUGAAAUAUAACACUUGACUUUUGUGUGUGGAAAGUGUCUCUGUUUUGUACAUAGCUCAGCAAUUAUGGCAUUAUUCUCACCGUCAUAGCAAUAAUGUGAGUACAGCACAGCCACUGACUGUGUCUCAAACCGCCUACUUGCACAUUUCAAAUACUUAAGUUUAAGUAUAUAUUGCAAAUAUUGAGACAAUACUAGCAAUCAAAAUUUUGGCAAAAUGUAAGUAAACGCUUAGAGCACACUAGCAGUGUACUGACGGAAGUAUGCGGUUUGAGACACGGUCACUGUCAUCACACAGAAGUAAUAAGUAGAAACUGAGCUUUCAAAAGAUCCUCGGUUCAUAGACAUGUUUCUUUGUCUAAACAAUCACAUUUAUGGGCUGGACUGAAAAUACUCCUGGGUGCACAGGACUCCAAGUUUUUACCUUGGGUCUUUAUUUUAAUGGACAGGUGGUAGUAGGCCUACCACAGAAAUUUUGCACUUAAGUGUCCAAUCUGAGCGACUGUCAUAUUUUAUAAGACUUUGAGCAACUUUCCAAGAUUUACUGCGAUUUGUCAUAUUCCAUGUAGACACUGGGAAUGCUUGACGCUGUUAUCAAAAUGUACAGUUCCUGCGUCUUAGCAAUGAUAUGCGGCAUUCUUUAUAAUGCACCAUUAAGUCAAUCAACAUUUGAAAGAAAUGGACAUACAAAUAUAUAUUCCCAAUGUACAUGUAACCAAAUGAGUAAAAACAGUGUUUGGUUACAGUGGCAUUGGGAUGCCUGUGAUAGCAAAUAUGUUCAGCAAAUGUAUUGUGUGUAUUUUAUAAUGUGUUGUAAAUUGGUAAUACACUUGUACUAGCAUACAUGUGUUGUUCAUCGUAAGUUACUAUAUGUGACCACCAUAUACCCUCUAUAUCUCUGAAGGUGAAAACAUGCAACUGGCUAUGCAACAAUUAACCUCUGCUUAUAUCUAUAAUACAAGUGUACUGUACAUAUGGUUUUAGAAAAGAAAUGUCAGACUGUUGUAAGUUUUGUAAAUGGCAAAAGCUAAAAGUGUUGUGGUAACCCGAAAAGCAUACGGAUGUUUCAUGACAAUAGGCAUUGUCAGAAGAUGUGCUAAAAUGCGCAAGCUGAAUGUAGACCGAAAGGUAUUUGUAAUCUGACCAAAUUGUGAAAUAUAUGGAGGAACUGUGAAUGAUACGAAAAGUCCACAUAUGAUUCAUUGUGGGCAGCCCAAAGACGUUGACCAUCAUCAUCUGCCUGCUCAGCCUCCAAGGUGGUUGUUGAAAAUAUGACCUUUUUAUCAUGUAAACCACUUUUAUACUGCCUAUACACAAGAUCACAACUCAGCAAAAAAAGGUUUCACCACCAUCACACUGUUGCCUUUAUGUAGCACACACAGUGCAAAUGUUGCAAAGCAUACAUAUAUAUUGGUGCAGUAUUGUGAAUAAUACAAGAUGAGAUCAUAAAAAAGGGAAAGCAAUUAUUGCCAUGAUA